AAGUCACUGCAGAGACUGAGCGCAAACACAAGAGAACAAACUUCACCUUAAAAAACAGCACUGUCUUUUAGCUCCUGCCUGAAAACCUGCACAAUGGAUAAAUCCUUCUGCACAUUAUUACUGCUAUUUUCCCUGCUGUCCUUCCAUCGUGUGUUUGUGUACUGCACGGAUUUUGGUCUGACGCCAAUUCAGCUCGCUCCCAUCCCCUGUAAUGACAAAGCAGUGGAGAAGCUCUCUCGCCUGGCUGCCACUUACAUCAAUGAGGAUCGCACCGAUGGCUACAAGUUUGCUCUAAACCGCAUUGCAAACGUCCACCUGCAUGCUCAGGGCCCAGCAGGCAAUGUGUAUUACCUGGACCUGGAUGUCCUGGAGACCAAGUGUCACGUUGGCAGCCCAAAACCAUGGAAACGUUGUGACAUCAGACCCUUCAUGGAAACGCAAAUCUCUGGCAACUGUAACACCACCAUCCUCCACACACCAGAGGGAUAUUCCUACCUUUACAGCUAUGACUGCACUCUUGUUCCAGAUCCUCCAGAGAAGCUCCAGCAGACUUGUCCAACCUGCCCUCUCCUGCUGCCUGUGGACAGCCCACAGGCCCUGAAAGCAGCACAGCUCACUCUGGCCUCAUACAAGAGACAGUCCAUGCUGGGAGCAGGACUGGGAGUGAAGAAAGUCACCAGAGCUUCAGCUCAGGAGGUGCCAGUGAAAGUCAGCUUUGUGGAGUACACAGUCCAAGCGUGUCCGGAGGGAGUGACUGAAAGAGGAACCUGCCUGCGACGUACGCUCAAGUCUGAUACAGAGACUGCAGGUUUCUGUGCAGGAUCUGUGCGUGGAGACCUACAUGUCCAUCCUGAGGUGCAUGUGUCCUGUGAGAUGUUUAAAGUACAGAAUGUGGACGUCCUCAUACCAGUGCAGCCUCAGGGUCAUGAUCUCCCCCCAGACCCUGUGAUCCCGACCUUCCCUGCUGUGAUCGAUGACCCGAUUAAUGAUCCAGAGCCUGUUCCCUCUGAUCCCGUACUGCCCCCUGUUUUUGAACCACCUCCGUUUGACCCCACGCCCAUUCUCCCAGUGCCCACUGAUCCCCCUGUAGUAGUUAACCCCUCUGACCCUCUCAGCUCAUCCUCCAGUGAGUCCGCUGAAGAUCUAGUUAACCAGCAGAGGCCACAAGGCACUGCUCCUUUUGAUUCUUCCUCUGAGGAAGUUGAAGGCCUCAUUGCUCUACGACCUCCCUUAAACUUCCGCUACCAAAGGCCUGACCGCAAGAAACGUCAGGCCCUGAUGGAGAUGUCACCCUCUCACAACCCUGUCUUUCUGGCUGAUUUCCCAAGUGGGCUUUCUCCUUUCCGCUCAUGCCCCGGCCCUUCUCGAUACACCACAGUUUAGAGUCAGUCUGUUGGUGUUUGAUUUAUUCACUGAGUGGGUGGGCCGAUAAACUGCUCUGCUGUCUACUCGCCUGAGGCUCGUAAUAAUUUGAGCUAAUGAGAGGAAUGCUUUCUCUUUUCACUGGCCCUGAAAUUAACUCCACUGCUUCUGUAGUACUGCUCCCAAUGCAGCCAAAGCUAAGACCAAUACAGUGGGGCUGCACAGUAAAUCACAAGGUUAUCAUCAUCAGUAUUAAUACAAAAAUUUACAAAAAAUGCAUUGCAAAGUUUGCAUUUAUCUUGAUAUAUUUUAGUUAAAUUACAUGCACUCAGACAAUGCUUUCUCUUUCAGCAUGUGUACAUUUUGCCUUGUUAAUUAAGGCUUGUGUUAUGAAGAUGAAACCUUCUGACAGCUACAUCCAGUUAACUGGUGCCAAUUCAGUGGGGAAAAAAUAAACUUUUGGAUAUACUUAGGAUUCAGAAGAAAAUAGCUAUCACUUAACUUUAGAUACAUUUACUUGCAUAUUCUUACGCAAAUAUUAAACAAUAUCGUGGCACACUACAUUUUCUACCCUCAGAUUGCACAUGUAGUAGUUAAAAAUGGACAGAAAGUCUGAAACAAUUAAAUUAUAAUUGCCUAAAUCAAAGUCUAAAUGCUCAUAAUCAAGCCUGCAUAACAUCACUGCAUGUUCCUGGAAUAACUUUCUGUACUUUUCAUGUCAUUAUAUAUAUUGCUGAAAAAGGUGUGUGCUGUUUUUUCCCAGUAUUCAGCCCUAAAUUAUAUUUUUAGAUGACUUCAAUAUUUCAAAAGUUUAACUAAACUUCAUAUAUACUCAUGUCAACUGUCAAAUCUUUUUUUUUUCUGGAUGUAUUUUUGGUUGUUAAAGUAAUAAAACUCUGAUUUGAAAAGCUGAAUAGGAUGGUUGCUUACCUAAUUUUCCGCUGGAGGUUUUAUCUCUCCCCUCAUGCUAUUAGAAAUGUAAUGACAUGUAAGAACUACUAAAAGGACAGUUUAAAAACAGACACAAACAUAAAAAAUACAUUUUCUCUCAUCAAUUUCUGCUGCUUCUGAA